GAGAAAUCUAGCAGUGGCACUUGUACGUGGGAGCGCUUUAAUUUAGAUUUUCAAAGGAAUAGCUAACCUGAACCUCGUUUUUUAUUUUUAUUUUACAUUUCUCUACACAUAAUCCUGAAAAGCAAAAUGUGAACUGUUGAAAUGGAGGGCAUGGUAUUUGGGAUAUGCUAAACCUUAUUUCUGACUCCAGCCUCUCAGCAACAGACCUCUGCUUGGUCUCUGUCUCAAUUUUGGCCCUGGCUCGACUGACAUUUCUGCAAAGAAGCGCUUCGGUUCAUGUUGGUAUUGAACAAAAUUCUCCGUGUCGUGUUUUUGUCUUCUGAAAUGGGAAGCUAUAAAGGUUGGAAUAUAUGGGACAGUGGCUGCUUUAAUCCAUUAUUCACUCUGGGAUGAUGUCAUGCUGACGUAACCCACAACGAUGAGGAGUUUUAAGGUGCCAGCGCCAGUUAGUAUCAGCCAUAGUUCACUUAAUCACCAUUGAUGACCAGAUCCAUCCAGAUUUGUCCAAUAUCAGCUUCUGUGAACUGAAAGUGAAACGUUGGUCUGUGAGAGAGGUCGCCUGGGCAGCUCUACUUCAAGUUCCCUCAGGCCACCCAUCCCAAUGUCGCCAGGUCCUCCCACCACUACCAUGGCCUCUUCACAAAAACAUUGAUGAAAAUGGUGAUUUUAAACAGGAUGGGGACAAAGGGCCUCGACGGUCUUGUUCCACAGUGAACCUGUCCCAGAAGAAGCAGGCAACGGUGGGAUUGGCAGUUCCACCAUCGAAGCUGUUGUAGCACAUCUCUUGCUUGGUCAGUUCACUCCUGAGAGACCCCAGGAUGACGCAUACUAGUCUGAGCUCUCUGACAGACUUGUGAUAUCUCACAUUGCAAGGGUGUAGUUGUGCAGACUUAAGGAGUGGACAAUGAACAGAACAAAGAAGUAUGAAGGUCUGUGUUCUGAGGGGAAGCCGCCCCCGGCUGAAGUCCCUAUAGGUUGGCAGCGGAGGAUCACCCAGAGCAGGGUUGUCUACAUAAGUCCCAGUGGCUCAGUGCUAGCCUGUCUGGACCAGGUGAAGCGCUACCUGCUGACUGAUGGCACCUGCAAGUGUGGCCUGGAGUGUCCUCUCACCAUUCACAAGAUAUUCAACUUUGACCCCGGGGCGGCUGUCAAGCAUAGGAUGGCUGAGGAUGCACGAGCCGAUGCCACCAAGCUGUGUCUCCACAAGAGGAAGAUCAUCGCCACGGCAACUCUGCACAGGAACAUGGAGUCACCGCACCCCUCGCUGGCUCUGGCAAGUCAGGGUGGUGGCACUGGUACGAAGACUGUGGGUCCCAUGAGUCAUCCAGCAAUAAAGAACAAUAUGCACGAUGGUCCACCCAACAAGAUGGCUAUGUAUGGUCAACGGUACUAUAACCAUGAACUGGGUUCUCCUCCUCAGAGAGAUCCGUACUCUGGUUACAGCAGGACAAGGCUGGGGGAGGUGAUCGCAGUAGCCAACAACGGUCACCCUAUCGCAGCCGCAGUGUCCUGCUCAACCACUCGUCCUCCCUCAUGUGGCUCACAGCAUUAUGGUGAUGGGACUCCCUCCCCAAGGACUGAACUUCUGGGGAGUCCUGACCCCAACAUGCUUGGUUUUCAUGGAGCUUGCAGCCCAGGCUCUACCCAUAUGAACGGUGAUCGUUUUACACCUCUCUCACCACCUAGUGUUCUGCUCCACGGCUCGCCUUCGGCCACCCAGCCCUCGUGUCCCAUAGUAGGAAGGACUAAUGUACCCAUCAAUGCCAAAAGCCCCAAUAUGCAGAAGCCCUCCUGCAGCUUCCCCCACAACGACUUUCAACAUAAGCCCCAGCCUGCAUGCCAUCCACACCCACAGUCACACUUGUCCCUGUCUCAGCUCCCUCCCUCCUCUGAGAAGGACCCUCUUGGUAUCCUGGACCCCAUUCCAAGCCAGGGUCCCUUAGUGCCAAACGUAUCUGGUCAUUCUCAGGUACCUCCAAUGAAUGUAAACAUUCCCCCUGCCAGUGUCCCUUUGCCCAGCAACCUGCCUUUGCCAACUGGGAAGUCUGGACCUGUUGGGCAUGGCCAGAGGGUCCAGCACCACCCUGCCCCAUCUGUCUCGUCCUCACCUAUCGUGUCCCCGGUACAUAUGGCUGGGCCUGUCCUUGCCAGGGUGGAGGAGUCACCCCACCGCUCACGUUGUUCCUCCGGUUCUUCUGAACAUGGGAGCUUUGCUCACCCCACGGGGCUCCAGGUACCUUGUGGGGGUUCAAAGCCACAUCCCCGCUCCCCUCGGGCCUCCUUGGGGUCCCCUCGACCUGCAAUGCCCCCAAAUUCUGCAUAUAAGAUGGACAAACUCCAUCACUUGAACGAUAACCCCAACUACCUUCCAGGGAGGAUGAACAGUAGUCUAAGCAGGCAUUCCAACUCCAUGUGCCCUCCAGCUCCCGGAUCUGAUAGUGUCCUUCAAAGGAAUCACUCGGUAGGAAUGCCCCUUAACCAGAUGCUAGAUCAACAGAAUCCUGCUUCCUUCCCAGCCAGCAGUCUUCUGUCAGCCGCAGCCAAAGCACAGCUAGUAAAUCAAAACAAACAUCCCGACAGCGCAGCGGCUGCAGGCACAGAGGCUCACAGUGGCAGCAGUUUGGGACACCCAGGGCUGGUUGGUGGAGGCAGAGGUGGGAACCUAGAUGGACACAGCACUUUAAACCAGAGAUAUCUACCUAAUCCUGGGCCGUUGGCGAGCGAGGGUCAAACUGGAAGAGCAGCAUUAAGAGACAAACUCAUGGGUAUGGCUCAGCAGAGAGAGGCGAAUCGCAAGCGGAAACUGUCCAAUGAUGUCAGCGGUGGUGGCAUCAACAAUGACAGGGCUUUCGACGUGCUCAAGCAUCCGAUGGGUGGCUCUGGAUCUAUUUCAUCUAGCUUUCCAGAGCCUUUGAGGAGAAUGUUGCAGCAGGGUAGCCUGCCCCCAAACACCUCCAUGGCCCAGCUGCUCCAAUCCAUGAGCCACCAGAGUGCCCAUAAUGGGCCAAGCCAUGUGGGCCACAGCCUGGCCCGAUCUGGCAAAUCACCCUUCUUGGAGGAAGCUUUGCCUCGUAUGUCAGCUUUGCAGCAGAGCUCGCAGGGGCCUCAACUCCAGGGCAGAGCGAUGGUCCCUGGCUUCCAGAACAUGAACAGUGAAGGUCAGAUUUCAGGCCAGGAUCUAAACAUGGAGCAGUUCAACGGGCCAAUGAACCAAAUGCAGGAACCCGCCUUAGCUGGGAACUUUGGGGUGCUGGGCUACGGUGGUGGACAACAUGCAGCCAUGGGGUCAAUGCAGAGCAACCCAAACUCUCACCAGCAGCAGCAGUUUGGACAUUAUCAGAAACCAUCCCAGGCGCAAGGCAACCCCCACUUCAGAGGCAGGGCAGGAUUGCCUCCCAUGAUGUCCAAUGGCAGUGUCCAAGCCCCCUCUAAGUCAGUUGAGGUCAGUAGUUCUCUGAGCUGUGAGCUGAGGCAGGCCCAAGAGGAGAGUCUCCAGUCUCUCAUCAGGAGCAGCCAGGCCAAUACACUGCAACAACAGAGACAGCAGCAGCAACAGCUUGUUCAGGGUCCGGGCCGGCACUCCAUACAGGGCCAGCAGCACCACAGGUUCCAGGGCCACGGCUCCCAUCCUGAUGCCCCUCUCCCUGAUGGUGUUGCCUCCAACCCCAUGAACAGCCUCCUUCAGAGCUUCCAGGGGGGUUUGCCUGAGAGGAUUCCACUGCCCAACAGAACUAUAAUGAGUCGACCAGGGAUUAUGUCCAUGUCCCAACCCGGUGCCCCUUGCCUACAGGAGGGUCAUCGAGAAUACCAGGCUGCCCAAGGUCUUCACAGUGGUGGGGGAGAAGUUAUUGAUCCCAUCCACAGGGCAGUGAUGGGCACGGCCAGCAAGAGCACGUCUAAUGCCAUUACAUCAACGGGUGGUAGCGGUACCUUCGCUGCUACUGUUGUCUGCGAGCCUGUCGACCUCUCCCAUGCGAUCAACUCUGUCAUCCACACCGGCCCCCUCCGCUCAUAUCAGGAGCCAGUGCCAGAGAACCGACACCAUCCCAAGGUGGGCCGGCCCCGCAAGAAGACCCCUGAACGGAACAACAACAGCUUCUCCCCCGUUGCCAUGGAAUCUCCUACAAGAUUCCGCUCACCUCGACGUGGAGCCCAGAGAAGACAAUGGGAUGGGGAGGCGGAGGGCCAGGAGCAGGCUGGUCUGUGGCGUGAUGACGAGCUCCUCCAACAGCUUUCCUUAGCCCAGAGCAGAAACGGCACCUACCCAGAGAGGCCCAAAGGUCAGGCCCACUUAGGCCCCCAGGAUCAAACACCACUGCAGGUCCCCAGUGGCCUGUAUGCCCAUAUGAACGGCAACGGUAGGGGCCGCACCUCGGGAAGACCCAGACACCCCAGCCUGUCCCCACCAGAGGGCCACUGCACCAAGGACUACAGCCUCUUCAACGGACAUCUGAACGGACAUCUGAACGGCCAACUCCAAGGCCAACUCCACGGCCAACUCAACGGUCACUGCUACAACAGGUAUUACAAUGGGCACCUGAACGGGAGCCUGAGCGGCGAGGAGGACCUGAGGCCUGGGGACUCAACCUCCUCCAGUGAGGGUCUCCAGCUCCACCACAGGCCAAUAACUCAGACCCACUACCCGGGAGAGCUGCUCUGGGGCCAGGGCAAAGGCUUCCCUACAUGGCCAGGCAAGAUGGGGAGCGAGGGGCACAUGUACUCCCCUGGGAUGGUGAACAGCAUACAGGGAAAAAUAGAGUCAGACAAUUUCCAGAGGACACUAACAGAGGAUCUGGAGACACUACACAAAGCAAACAAGAUAACUAGAAAUGGGGGAAAAUGGAAUAACCACCUAGAAGCUGCUAUACAGGAGGCUAUGAGCGAGCUGGAUAAGAUGACAGGCAAUAUGUCACAGAGAGACCGACAAGUCAAGACCCCUAAACCCAAGAGGAGGAAGAUCUCCAGAUGACAGUGAAUGUGUGGAUCCGUUACUUCAGUGGCCUUCUGGGUAGCGGUCCAUCUAGCCAAUGGGUUUCAGUGUAGCCGGUUGUGGAACUGCUACUAGUUAGCUGUGUGUGCAUUAGAAGCGACCGUUGUCCACUCUGUUAAACAGCUUGGUACUUAGUCCAACUGGAUUGGUGCAACGAUCAGUCAUCACCCCUUCCACCUUGACCACCACCAUGAUACUGACAGUGAAAGAAGUACAAGAAAGAAUGGAGGAACCUAGCUGCAAAAUAAUAGCUGUGAUGUAGCAGCAGCUAGCUUGUCCUUGUGGAAAAUAAUGAGAUUCUAUAUAUGAGGAAAUUGUUGGUACAAAUAUUUCUGAUGCAUUUAUUGUACAAUUGACAAAGGAAAACAGUACAACAUUAUAUUGAGUGAUUUAAUUGUAUAUAUUGUUCAGUAUUAUCAUAGAUGAGUCAAUCUAAUGCUCAUUUUCUAAUGUACCUGUCAAUCUAUGUUUUUAUUUUGCACAAAACGGUGCGGCCAGAGAUGUCUUUUUUCAAAAGAAAAGCAUCAUAAAGGCGUUUUCUAGAGAUCUAUUGAAACACGCUGUUAA